AUGACCACAAGCAAGAGUGCCGCUUAUGAUUACCUCAUAAAACUUUUAUUGAUUGGUGAUUCAGGUGUCGGCAAAAGUUGUCUUUUACUUCGCUUUUCCGAUGAUUCUUUCACUCCCUCGUUCAUUACUACCAUUGGUAUCGACUUUAAGAUUAGGACAAUCGAAUUAGACGGCAAACGUAUCAAACUUCAAAUUUGGGAUACUGCAGGACAAGAGCGUUUCCGUACUAUCACGACAGCCUAUUAUCGUGGUGCAAUGGGUAUUCUUUUGGUAUAUGAUGUCACGGACGAGCGGUCGUUCACUAAUAUAAGGAACUGGUUUUCGAAUAUAGAGCAACAUGCUAGUGAAGGCGUGAAUAAGAUUCUUAUCGGAAACAAAUGUGACUGGGUUGAAAAAAAGGUCAUCGAAAAAGAACAAGGUCAAAGACUUGCCGAUGAAUUUGGCAUUAAAUUCUUGGAGACGAGCGCAAAAGCCAAUAUUAACGUCGAGGAAGCUUUCUUCACUUUGGCCAGAGAUAUCAAGAAAAGACUCAUUGACACUCAUGUUCAAGAACCACCCAGGAAACUUGAUUUGGAAUCAAAGAAUAACAAAAACCAAGGCGGCAAUGGCGCUAAUAAUAAUG